AUGACUUUAUACUUCAAUCUAUUAUGUGUUCUCCUCUUGACCUCUUUUUGUAAUUCUCUCAUCUCAAAUGAUGAUAUCGGAAAAUCGUUGGAAAAAAUCGAGAAAACUCUGGGAGAAAUCCAGGCAAAAUUGAGUCAAUCCAAUCCAUCCGAUCUUCGCACAUCGCGAUAUCGAAGUCGAGAGAAUGGCUGUGAUGGGGGAUGCGAGUCGUUCUUCUCAUCGCCUAUCGAAUGUUGCCGAAAUCUUGGAUUCGCUGACGGAAAGUGUAGUGGAAAGCAGGCCCAUUGCUGCAGAGAUUUGAAUUGUCCUGUGCUAGGAUGGAAAACG